CGGAAACCCAGUUUCAGCUAUCCGUCUCAGUGGGUAGGCGUUUACGUUAAGCCAUUUCUCUGUAAAGCCCCAACUUUAUCUUCUUUCCUUCCAUAGAAAUAUAAUUGGAAUCGAGUAAUAGAAGGCAAAAAAUGGGGAAGAGCUUCACUCUGAUUCAGACAGUCACCACAGCCGGAGCCUUCUCUGCCGUUUCCUUCUGGUACGGGUUCAUGUUUGGCCGGGAGUCUGCCCGCAAGGAGCUCGACGAAUUGAUUGAGAAUCUCCGCCGCGGAAACACUGAUUCUGCUGCUUCUUCGCCUCCCCAUUCCUAAAUGAUGUGGAUGAAGAUCAUGAAAAUUUAGUUAUAAAAAACCUGUAGAGUUUUGAAUCUCUACUUAUCAAAGAAAAAAAAAUAAAGUUUGAAUCUUGGCAUAUUCAGAAGCUUGGUCAAGGUCCACAGCAUCAAGAAGGCAGAGAAGAGUAAUUUCAUCCCUAAAGCUUGAGCCUUGUGCUGAUCCACAAAUCCCUAAGGUAUUAAGGCAUUUGUUGUAAGCAAUCUCCAGCCUUCUUUGGCAGUAUUUUUUACCUUUGCCAUAUGUAAUCCUCAAGUAGUAUUUUGCACUAUAGAUGGCAAUUCUAAAACCUUGGCAUGUUAACCUCAGUUUGUGGAUUCAUGUCUUCUAAAGACGUAUACAUUUUCACAGAUUACAGAAUUGGUAUUGAUAGAAGUUAUAGCCCAAUGUUUGUUAGUGAAAA